AUGGAAGCAAGUUUUGGAAAUGAACUUGCUUUUCAUGCAAUUAACGUGAAAAUAAGCGGCGCCGGCUUGCCGGCGAUUGCCGCAAGUAACAGCCCUACUAAAAUGAAGUCUUACACUGAAUCAUGGCACGCUCGGCGUCAUCGAUCUUGGCCUGGAGUUCCUUGGCGUUCAGCUCGAGCGAUUUGCGUUGUCUGUCGACGUGCACGGCGUGCUCUUGCUCCUGACGGACCUCUUCAGCGAGACGGUCGGCGUCGGCGGCGGCCUUGCGGGCACGCUCCUCGGACGCCUUCAACUCGUUCAAGUACUCGUCCAAUUCGUUCUGAAAAUUUGAUGCUCCUUGACUUGGUCGAAGAGUUUCUUCAAGUUCUUCUGAGCGUCGACGUUGGCCUUGUUGGCGUGAUCCAAAGCGAUCUCCAACUGGUUGAUGUCGGUCUCCAACUUCUUUUUAGCUCUAGCCAACUCUGCCUUGCUCUUCGCCUCAGUCUCAAGGGAAGCUUGGAUGGAUUCGAGUGCACGUUGAUGGUUCUUUCUGGUAUUCUCGAACUCUUCCUCCUUCUCCUGAAUCCUCUUCUCAAUCUCCGAUCGGAUCUGUUGAACCUCGAUCUGGAGUCGGAGCACCUUGCUCUCCUCGGCUUCAAGCGCGGCUUCUGCCUCGUCGAGCGCGUGUUGGAGCUCGUCCUUUUCUUGCUCCAAUCUUCUGACCGACUUGUGCACUUCUUGGUAAGUUCUUCCUCCCUGACUGAUUUGCUCGUUGAUGUCGCGGAUCUCUUGGGAGUAGAUCUUGUUCUCUCUUCUCAGCGUCUCGAUUUGCUCGCUGAGGUUGUCCAUAGACGAGCGGAGUUUGAAGACUUCAGUAGAGGUGUUUCUGGAGUCUCUGGUGGUCGCAUCGAUCUCCUUCUGAAUAUCAUCAACCUUUCUCUUCCAGUCAUCAACAAUCUUGUCGAAUGCUCUCUGCUUCUUCUCCAACGACGCAAUAACCGUCAAGUGACGAUCCACAUCAGAUCUCGCGUCCUCAGUCUCUGCCAACAGUUUUCCCUUCGCCUUCUCCAACGAGAUCACCUUAUUCUGAGCAGCACUGAGAGCCUCCUGGAGAUCCAUGACUCUGUUCAUCUGCUUUCUCUUCAACUCCUCCAACUCCUCGGAUCCGACCAAUCCCUCGCCCUCAUAUCUCGCCUUCCAUUGAGAGAUCUCCGAGUUGAUACGAGACAAUUGUCUCUGGAUAUCAUCCUUUCCGUUGAUCUGUUCCUCCAAGAGCUCGUGGCACUGGUCGAGUUCAUGCUCCAAAUUCUUGCACGCCGCGUGGAAUUCUUGUCUCUCGUGAAGCUCGUCCUCGGCGGCCUUCUUAGCCUCAACCAGCUGAGAGCUGAACGCUGUCUUGGCUCUGUUGAUGGUAGCCAAGUGGAUCUCCAACUCCUCGACUUGUCUUGCAAGAUCAGAGUUGUCAUUCGACAAACGUCCCUUGGUAGAAGUGAACUCUCCAAUCUGUCUGGAUUGCUCGUCAACCUUCUGUUGGAGCUCGGCGACUUGGAUCUCGACUCCCUUCUCCUUCUCAAUCUUGGCCUUACCCUUCUGAAGAGCGUCCAAGGUAUUGGUAAGAUCUUGAAUCUGGUCGUUGUUCUUUCUGCGGAUCAUAGCCAUCUGGUCUUCGUUGGCCAUGUUCUUCUCGUCGAGGUCUCUUCUGAACUUGAUGAUCUCCGAGUCCUUCUUCUUGUUAUUGUCCUGUUGAGCCUCCAACUGCUUGUUCUGCUCGUCGAGUCUCUCGUUGAGCUCGUCAAGCUCACGUUGAAGCUCUGCACGGGCACGGUCAGCCUUGGAUCUCGAUUGUCUCUCAUGCUCGAGCUCAUCCUCGAUCUCAAUGAUUCUCUGCGCAUUUUCCUUGGAUUGACGGGUGAGUCUGUUAGCCAAAGCUUGCUCAUCCUCAAUACGGACUCCCAAAGCAUGGAUAUCAGCCUCCUUCUUCUUAAGCGAUGCAUCUGCCUCCAACUUGAUAGCCGAGAGCUCAUCGAUCGACUCCUGAGCUCCCUUGAGCUCUCCCUCGACCUUUCUCUUCGACUUCUCCGUCUCCGCACGGAUUCUCUUCUCUCUCUCCACAGCCUCCUCCAUCUCGUCCAAUGUCUGCUCGAGCUUGGCACGAAGUCUGUUGGCCUGAGCUUGUUUUGCCUCCUCGGCCUGGAGAUCGUCGAUGAGUUGACGGUUGUUCUCCUCCAACAACUUCUUCUCCUUGUUGAUCUUUCCAAUCGUCUCAUCCUGAGAGUUCAUCUCGUCUUGAAGGGAACGGAUCUGGUUUUCCUUGGCGGCUUUCUCCUCGAGAGACUUGUUCAGGUUACCGUCGACUGCUUCGAUAGACUUCUUCAAGUUCUCAACUUCUUGUUGGGCCUUUCUACGCUGCUUCUCCAAAUCAGCAUUCUUCUCCUCGUGCUCCGAAAGUCUGUCGUUGGCGUCGUUCAACGAUUUCUCAACUUCUUGACGGGCACUAUUGAGUCUUGUGAGCUUCUCCUCGACAGCUGCGGAUCCUCCUUGAGUGAGCUCAAGAGCCUCCAACAACUUGGAUCGUUCAGCGGACAACUUGGUGUAGGCGUCCUCUUGGAUCUUUCUAGCGGCCUCUGCCUUCUUGGCUUCUGCCUCGAGAAUCUUCUGCUCCUCGGCCAUCUUUGCCAUCUCCUCGGCCAUCUUUCCGCAUUUAAGUUGUGGACGAAGUUUUCCGAACAACAAGAACCAAUCCCAGGUACGGAGGACGCACCACGAUCUGAUGUUGCGUUGAAGAAUGAUGUAGGAGUUGAGCUGCUUGCGUCUUGCUCCGGCAUCAGCGGAGGCUGA